CAGAGAAAUAUGGAAACAUUUUUACCCUCCGUCUCUUUGGUGGAAGGAUUGUGGUCCUUAAUGGCUACAAGCUUGUGAAAGAAGCCCUGGUCCAACGAGGAGACGACUUCACAGAUCGUCCCUCCAUACCAGUGUUUCACGAAAUGGUUGGAACUAAAGGUAUUGUGAUAGCCAAUGGUAAUCCAUGGAAGCAGCAGAGAAGAUUUGCUCUUCAUACACUCAGAAACUUUGGUGUGGGCAAGAAGACUCUGGAGCUGUUCAUCCAGGAGGAGUGUCGAUAUCUCACGGAGGCUUUUGCAGACCACCAAGGGAAGCCCUUUAAUACCCAGUCACUGACAAACAGUGCUGUGGCCAACAUCAUCUGCUGUUUGGUGUUUGGCCAUCGCUUCGAGUACACUGAUGAGCAGUAUGAGUCUAUCCUUCAGAAAUUCAAUGACAUAGUGUAUUUACAGGGAAGUGUGUGGUCACAGAUUUACAAUGUAGCACCCUGGCUGAUGAAGCGGCUGCCUGGACCUCAUCAGAGGAUGUUCACUCUGGUACAGAACCUAAUUGACUUCAUUCAAAUCAAGAUCAAAGAACACAAGGAAACCCUCGACCCCUCAUCACCAAGAGACUACAUCGACUCCUUCCUCAUAGAAAUGGGAGAGAAGGAGGACGAAGAAGCUGGUUUUGAUCUCAACAAUUUCAGCACGUUUAAUGAGAGCAGGUGCUCAACACUGACAUUUGAAGUCAACCAAACCUUUGUGGUGACGAGAAACAAGCAGCUGAAGUAG